AGACACAGAGAUACUCUCACAGUUUGGCUUUAGUGUCCGGGCGAGUGACGAACAGGGAAGAUCACAGCACCUACUGUGGGUUGACCCCUGAGUCUGUGCCUUCCCUUCAAGGAUACAGGUUGCACGCUAGGGACCACCACAGGCCUCCUGAGUUCUGCCAAACCUGUCAAAGCCACAAUGUCACAAUUCUGUACAAUGGCAGCCGGAGAGAGGAAGAAGAGAGCAGCAGCUAUUUGCCGAGAGGUCCACGGCACCAACGGGGACGUCAUGGACCUGGGUAAGAAGCUCAGCACCCCUAAAGACAUUAUGCUGGAGGAGCUGUCGCUGCUUUCCAACAGAGGCUCGCGGCUUUUUAAAAUGCGCCAGCGGAGAUCUGAGAAAUACACAUUUGAAAGCAUCCAAAACGAAACGAACGCACAACUAAACAACGACAUUUUCGCCCACAAUGCUCACGCCGUGGAAAUCAAAGUGGAUCCACCAGGCCACGAGCACAGUACAGUAGCAGAUGACGUAGUUUCAGACAAAACAGAGAAGCUAAGUAUCACAUCCGUGGCCAAAUGCUAUCACUCUCCAUGGGAGGAGGCGAUCCUCAGGGACCCCGACCUCGCUGAAACUCUCAAGCUAAGGAUGCCUGCUCUGGAGCCGAGAUCAGAGCUUCCCGAAUACAAAUCCUUUAACCGGGUUGCAACUCCUUACGGUGGCUUUGACAAAGCUCCCAGAGGAAUCACAUUUAAGCUGCCUGAGAUGAACCUGAGCCCACCCACAUACCCAGAGCUGCAGGACCCCGGAAUAAAGCGGCCCACCUUCAACAGGACGGCCCAGGGAUGGAUAUCUGAGGGAACCCACCUGAUCCUACCCACUAUCACCCUAGAGCCCAUCAAAAUCCCAGAGUCCGAGGACCUUUAGAGGGUCCAGUAGUAGGAACAAGGCCUGUGAUGACAACCAAACCUUUUGUUAGUAGCUCAGAUUCAAUUCACUACCAUAACCUUUGGAUUUAUUCUGUUUCUCAUCUAGGUUGAUUGUUGUACACUGGAAAACAGAAAGUCAUGUAAAUAGAAGAUGAAAGUGCUCCACAUAUUAAAGAAAGAUGGUAGUAAACAAAUCAGAAUGAACUGAUGAGAAAGUAAUGUAAAUAGAGAAAUGUAUUUAUUGAUGGCACAGAAUCAAAACGGGAACAUUUAGUUACUAUUAGUAUGAAAACAUACAGAUUAUCAAACAAACUGGUCUAUGUCAUGAAAAAAUGUAAAAUUAAAUGUCUUUGGCAAACAAAUACUCAACAUAUUCUUUUAAAUUUAAAUAUAUUAAUCCAAACAUUAUUUAGUGAAUAAAAACAGAUGUUCUACAUUCUAAAAAGGCUAAAUAUCGAAUUAUACAGUACACUCGAAAGGUUUGACGAAUUUGGACGGAUUUGGAUUUGGAAGUUGGACUUGAUCUGUGAUGAAGAACUAACCACACCGUGCACACAGUAACAUAAGACCACCAGUGUUGUUGUGUAUAUAAACCAACCCUGUGAACCAAAGCCACAGCAGCACAUAGUGUGUGAAUGGUCCACAAGCUACAGUGAGUGGAAGUACAGUAUGUUUCAUUUGCUGACAUCAUGGACCAGUCUUAUUCUGGAGCCGCUGAUAAUGAUGUGUUAUUGUUUAAGUCAUAGUUCAGGAGAUUCACAGGCCUUUCCAGAUGGAACUAUGGAUGUUUUAAUGAUUUCAUUACCACAGACAACAUAAACACAUUAAACGUGACUGUCUGUACUGUAACUGAGAGUAAACUUAAAAGCCAGUGACAACUGAACAGCACAAACGCAGUUAUUAUAUACAGUACCCAGACCUCAGUAAUACAUUGUUGUAAAGGAUGAAGUAUUACUGCAAAUACCUGCACAGGUCUUACAGUAUACUUAUUAAACUCAACUACUGUACACGGUUA